CUCACUUUAUUCUAUUAGAAAGGGUUUUCGUGGAAAAUAUGAAUAAAAUAUAGAGAUUUAAACUUUUUAGAUUUAUUGAUCCCAGUAAUCAUUUGAGUAUAGAAAUUUGAUACUUAAGUCAAUCAAAAAAGUAGAAUAAAACAAAGAAAAUGAUUACAAAAAGCUAACUGCUUACUUUAGUUUAUAUAGAAAGUUAAAUAGAAGUUAGUGAAAUCAACACCUUAAUCAGAGGAGUUCUCUUGAAAAUUUGAU